GAUUUAAAACAAUAAUAAUAAUAAUGAUUUUUUCUGUUACAGAAAUAACAAUCAGAAAUGCCAGUAUGAGAGGAAUACCAAACGAUUCCCUAGUGGAACGUGGACUUGUAAAACCUUACUCAGUAUCUUCGAUUUAUACAAGAAAAAAAAAUGGAAUAAUACGAGGAGUAACGAUAGCUGGAGGAGCGAGAUCAGGCCGCGGAACAAUUAUAAGAACGCUUAUCUUCGUAUUUCUCGCGACAUUCCUUUGGCUCCAGCUACACGUUAUCAGUCUGACGGGGCGAAAUUCCUCUGGCCAGUCGUCGAUUAACGAGAGCAUUUACGCCUUAGUACCUCAGGAACUCCAAAGAUUUUUAAAAGACAGAAGAAAUUCCUCCCAGACAAAUGGAACUCUGGGUAUUUACGGAACAAGCUUCGAUAUCGGGGACAUUAAAACAACGAUAGCGAAGCUCAACAGCGAGCAAAAGAUCUACAAUGAUGAUAUUUUCGGGCCCUUGGGGACAGACGCCCCAAUUAUUGUCAUACAAGUGCACUCGAGACUUACCUACCUGAGGCAUCUGAUAGUGUCCUUGGCCCAAGCCAAGGAAAUUGAGGAUGUCCUGCUGAUCUUCAGCCACGAUGUCUGGAACCCAGACAUCAAUUACCUCAUUCAGAGCGUCGAUUUCUGCAGGGUCAUGCAGAUUUUUUAUCCUUACAGUAUUCAGACACAUCCGAAUACUUUUCCCGGAGAAGAUCCCAAUGAUUGUCCGAGGAAUAUCGAUAAAAAACAAGCUCAAGCGUUAAAGUGUAUUAACGCUCAACAUCCUGACCUCUAUGGGCACUAUCGGGAGGCGAAAUUCACUCAAACGAAGCAUCACUGGUGGUGGAAAGCCAACCGGGUAUUCGAUCAACUUAACGUGACCCGCAAUCACACCGGAAUGGUGUUGUUCCUCGAGGAAGAUCAUUACGUCGCGGAGGAUUUUCUGCACGUACUAAAACUUAUGGAACGUACGUGCAAGCACAGUUGUGAAAGAUGCAACGUUCUUUCUCUGGGCACAUACUUGAAGACUUACAACUACUACGCGGACUUGAGUCGCAAGUAUCUCAGCGUAAAUUCCGGCCUUCAAAAAGAAGUUCUCCGCGGACUAGACCGUCACGAUGACGUAGUUAACGAUCCGGAUGUGACGACUCAGCAGCACAAAGGACCCGGGAAAAAAAAGUCCCUCCAGGAAGGACAACAAAACAAACCAUCUUCUACAUCUUCUUGGUCCUUCCAACUUUUACCGACUCUCUACAGUCAUUAUCAGAAGGCGGAAGUUAUUCCAUGGAUAUCCAGCAAGCACAACAUGGGCAUGGCCUUCAACAGAGUCACCUGGAACAAAUUGAGGAAAUGCGCCUCCCAAUUUUGCUCAUACGAUGACUAUAAUUGGGACUGGAGCCUGCAGUAUGUGGCCCAGACGUGUCUUCCGCCGAGCAGAGGUGCUGGGGCAGCACCCAGGGUUGACUCGGGACUGGUCGCCAUGAUGAUGAGGGCGCCACGUGUCUUUCAUAUUGGUGAAUGUGGAAUUCAUCACAAAAAAAACAACUGCGAAUCAACGGCUGUGAUUGCUAAAGUCCAACAAGUUCUUAAAUCCGCGCGUAAUCACUUGUUUCCCUCGCAAUUGACUCUGACGAUAGCUGGGGUCGCUAAAAAAACUAAAUUACGUAAAGGAAAUGGCGGAUGGGGUGAUUUGCGCGACCACCAUCUUUGCGGCAACAUCACUGCUAACCCUGACCUAGUCUUACUGUAA